GAACUACAGAAGCAGAGCGACUAAAUGGAGGGAAAUUUAAAAAGGGCGGACUGCUCAUCUGUUGUUGACUAUUAACGACAGAAAGCCAUAUUUAUCUGUAAGGGAGAAGGCAGAGCCUUUUAUAUGUAUAUGACCAUAUCAGGCGUCUAAGACAUUUGUUUUUAUUUGGUUACAAAAUGGAAACACAUCAUGAUAAGAUUUUAGACUCCCCUUCCAAAAACAGUUACAUCGGGAGCUACUACCAGCCUCCAGACAGGAUUUUAUCAGUAUCAAAACAUCAGGAGUCUCCUGCCCUUUCACCUCUCAACAUGAACCAGACCACCAGCUGCCUGUCUCAGACCACACGUAAUAUAGACAGCAAAGCUGUUGUAGAUGCACUGAGGACCCUCCAGGAGAAAAUCAGAAGGCUGGCGCUGGAGCGGAGGCAAGCAGAGAGGAGUUAUGUUCAGUUCUCUCAGGAUGCUCAGACGAGUCAGCAUAACAUGGCAUCACACAGUCGGACUGAAGCCAUCCUAUCUGGGACAGAAGUGGACCUGAAGCUGCAGUCUGCAGAAGCUCGCUGCAGGGUUCUGGAGAAGCAGCUGGACUACAUGAGGAAAAUGGUCGAAAAUGUCAAGAAGGAGAGAAACAUUCUGAUGGAAAAUGAGGCAUCACUUCAGAGCCAACAGCCAAGCAGCUCAAACAAUCAAAAUCAGCGGGAGAAGUUGGAGAAACUUGAAUCUGAGUAUCUCAAAUUAAGCAGAACCCAAACAGUCGCAGAGACGAAGCUUGCCAUUCUGGAGCAGAAGCUGCUGAAAGAAGAGCACGAACGUAAACUUGUGCAGGAGAAAGCAGAUGAGCUGCAGAGGGAGUUGGAUGUAAACCUUCAUUUAUCUGUGCCACCUACUCAAGAAACGAGGCCGAAGAAGAAAACCAAAAAGACAAAUAAGAAAACCCCCGAACAACAUGAGCCGGCAUCACGCAGCCCAAGGCACAGAAAGAUGCCUUUUGUUAUAGGAACAUCAACAAGCCCGAGCCAUUCAGUGCAUGCCAACGUUCAGAGCAUCCUCCACAUGAUGAAGCACCAUCAGCCUCAGCUGUGUGAGCGAGUGAGCGCCCUGCAGAGGUCUGGAUGUGGAGUGAAGAAAAACCUUCAAAACGAAUUCUCUGACGCUGAUCUGAAGCCUGCCAGUCCACCUUCAGAUCAGUCGCUGACUUUACUGUCCGACCUGCUCCUAGCCCUGCAGGAGGAGCUCGGACAGAUGAGUUUCGAAUAUCAGGACUUGGAGCGUCUGACAGAAGCAACCCGAGAGCAGGAGCAGCGUGAGGACCUGCAGAGAGAACUGGAAAGGCUCGCUGCCAAGAUGGAGGAGAAGGGAGACCAGAUCACCAAGCUCCGCAAGCAUCAGCAGAUGGUUCAUAAACUCUCCCAGAGCCAGCGACAUGUGGAGGAAGAAACAGCCGGGAAGCUGACUAGGAUCAAGCCACCGGUUCCCUCACCUGUUAAAGCCAAACAGAAAGCAGGAAGACGAGGCACUGUGAAUCAGAACAACCUGCAUCUCCUCAGAGAGACCCAGAAGUUCAGAAACGGCUUAAGGCUAGAUGACGUCUCCUGGGAAACAUGAGUUUCUUUCUUUGUCCUCUUGAUACAACAGCUCAGUGGAGGACAGGGGUUUCCAUGGAUUUUCCUCCAAUCAAUCAACCUGGGAGAGACUUGUAGUUGCAAAUAAAGUGCUUUACACAGAACUCAAAUUAUCAUAAAAUCAAUAAUGGCUUUGCUGAAAGGAACACUUAAAGGCUGUUUAUGAAUGCUGAAUGAAACCGGUUUAUCUCGCCUCAUGUAAAGAUGGGUUAGAUUAUGUUUUAAUGAUCUUCAUAAUUUUUAAUAAAGCAUGUUCUUCGAAUUUG